UUACAACGCCAAAGGUUGGGAUCCACCAGUAUUCACACCUAUGGUUGCACGCACAAACAUAAGUAUCGUUUCUAUGUCUGUGGUGAGGGAUUUUGUAUCUGUUUCUUGGUUAAGCGUAAUGGUAUUGUUGUUUGCCAUGGCUGCUUUGUUUCUGUGCUUCGUUUCUGGUUAAUUCAGUUUGGGAUUUGAAACCCAGAGAAUCUCUCUCUCAUAUAUGGCCUAGUGCCGCUGUCGUAUCCUGUGAACCAAAGUGAUUGUGUUGCUUAUUUGUGCUGGACUUCAUAAACUUCUUCUUGGUUGUUGACAUGUGUUAGGGCAUCUGCAAGGGAGUGUUGUGAUGCCAUUCAUGUUAGUGCUUUGUUUCUGGCUCGUUAAGUUUGGGAUUUGAAACCCAAUAUAGAGAAUCUCUCUCAUACACGCACACAUGCAUGUGCAGCCUAUAUGGCCUAAUGCCACUUUCGUAUCCUGUGAACAAAAGUGAUUGUAUUGCUUAGUUGUGCUGGACUUUAUAAACUUCAUCUUGGUUGUUGACAUGUGUUAGGACAUUUGCAAGGGACUGGUGUGAUGCCAUUCAUGUUACUUCUGUUUGAGAUGUAAUUCAUAUGUGGAUUUUUAGUCUCUAGUAAUGGUAGUUUCUUGUGCAUCCUUGCUUGAAAAUUUAGGCCAAGAUUGUACAUUUCUGGUUUUCUGAUUGUAGUCUGUCCUUGUAUGUGUUAUCUUUUUCCAUCAUAUGAAUUGCAAUAUGACUCUUUUAUUCCAUGUUAAUUGCUCCGGAUUAAUGCUUCCCUCCUAUGUGUCUAUGUUGCUUUACCUCAAAUUUUGUGCCUGUUGUUCCCUCAGUUGAAUUUUAUUUAUUUAUUUUUAAAAUAGGAAAAAUUCAUGUCGUUUUCCAGUGAGCUCUUUCAAUCUUCAAGUUUCCAUGAGGUAGGAGCAUUUGAUUUAAGAUCAUUUGAAAGUUGAAUGCUUAGAGUUUCAUAUUCUCAUAGUGUUUUGCCAAAGUUAUCACACAUAUCAAUAGAGUCGGCUCCUUCUUUUGUAAUCUCUGUUUCAUCAUCAUUACAAUCAUAUAAUGUUGUAGUUAUCUGAUGUUUCUUCAUUUUCAUUACAAAACUGGACAUCUUUCAUGUGAAAGUUCCGAUUCUUUUUAUUUGUUUUGACAAGUUUUAGAACAUGACCAACUAAGCGUACACAACAAACUUCAGGAUAAUUUUCGACCUACUUUAAGCUUACCGAUAGAGAAUGAAUUUUGAAUUCGUAACCACUAACAUGGGGUCGUGUUUUGCUUCUUGAAGUCUAGCCACUAAAUAUGAGGUUAGCUUGGAAAUUACUAUAUGGUGUCUUAGGAUUUGGAUGAACUGGAUUUCAGUUUCUGUAAAUCGUAAAGCAUAUGAACAAAUUGAAACUUGUAUCCUGGCAUUGUAACAAACUCACGAUCGACUUGAUAUUGAUGUUUGUAUUUACAUUCCAAGAGUAGCAGAGUGCCUAUGUAUAUGGUACUCAAGUGCUUUCUUAUCUUUGUUUCCUUAUAAUUCUCACCAGACUAUAGUAACUCACCUGAUCUUCAAAUGAUCCAUCCACAGUUUGAUCGACAUCCAUUAACUCCCUUCACAAAUUCAAAAUGAUGCUUAUUUGUAAUGCAUGAUUUAAAACACAAGUCAGGUAAAUAAGAUCAAGAAAUAUGAGGGUUCCUGUAGAAUCUAUCAUCUGAUAGAAAGAAAAUCAAACCUCCUCCAAACCCAGAUCAAGAAAUAUGGGAUAAAUAAGAAAACGAAAAUAAAAUUUUACUUGACACGAUCUUUUGGUGGAUAAAGAAACAACCGGCCACGUGGCAAAAACAUGGGUACUCUUAAGUACCACCACAAGAUCCUGACCGUAGAAAACCGAAUCUGAGGCGCAGAGUUCAAACAGUGAAAAGGGUAAAUAAAAUAUAUUCCAACGGUCGAAUUGGAUUCACUCCAUUUUGAUAGGAAACGCCUGUCCGUCUGUGUGCGAGAGAGAGAGAGAGAGAGAAAUGAGGCAGAGAAGAAAGAUUGGAUCAGAAAUCCCAGAAAACCGAAUCGGGGAGGAGAAAGAAGCAGAAGAAGGACGAUUCUUCGCAUGCUAUCUGUUGACCUCUCGCAGCCCCCGCUACAAAGGCCACACCUAUAUUGGAUUCACAGUGAACCCACGGCGUCGUAUAAGACAGCACAAUGGUGAAAUAGGGCAAGGUGCUUGGAGAACGAAGCGGAAGCGUCCAUGGGAGAUGGUCUUGUGCAUCUAUGGUUUCCCAACUAACGUUUCUGCUCUCCAGUUUGAAUGGGCCUGGCAGAACCCAACUGUAUUAAAGGCAGUUAGGCAGGCUGCUGCAAGCUUUAAAUCCCUGGGAGGGCUUGUCAGCAAGAUCAAACUUGCAUACACCAUGCUCACCCUCCCUCCUUGGCAGAGCUUGAACAUCACUAUAAACUUCUUUUCAACCCAGUACACCAAACAUUCUGCUGGUUGUCCACUCCUUCCAGAACAGAUGAAGGUCAAAGUCUGCUCCAUGGAUGAGCUUCCUUCAUGUACUAAACUAUCUGAUGACCUUUUGGAAAAUGAAGAUGAGUGGUGUAAUGAAAGGGAAUUUGAUGAAGAUAUGAAUACCAGUACACUACACGAUGAAACAAUAUCGGACUUCAUGGGUCAUAAUUCAGCAGAUGAUCAGCAGAGUGAUAGUGGCAAUAGAAUGAAUGAUAGUGGCAAUAGAAUGAAUGAAGUAUACGGAUGCAGUAAAGUAGGAGAAGAUGAGUGGUAUAAUGGAAGAGAAUGUGAUGAAGCUAUGAAUGAUGGUACAUUACAGGAAGAAAUAUUAUCUGAUCUUAUAGUUCAAAGUUCAGCAGAUGAUCAGCAGGAUAAUACCGCCAAGACAAACAAAGCACAUCAAGGCAGUCAAGAAGUAGGAGAGGAUUGUACAGAGCAAUUUGGUUUUAUCGCAUCGCCAGUGAGAACGCCAUCUUCAAAUGUCACCACCUCAUUUGGCACAGAAGUAACUAAAUAUAUAGGAUCUGCUGAUGCCAUUAGUGUUAAAUUGGGCCGACCUGCAAUGGAACAAUUGACAACUAUAGUUGCAGACCAUCAGUCGCCCAGCAGAAGCUAUCUCCGGCCUUGUGGAGCUGAGUUAAUAGAUUUGACAACCCCAGCUUCCCUAUGCAGAAGCCAUUUAUGUGGCAAGAAGAGUAGAGUUGCUCCUGUUUAUCCUCGGAUUAUUGACUUGACUAAGUCUCCCAAUUUCAUCCAACUAUAGGAGGACUUGGACAUGUAUACUACAACAAUCAAACAAGUUUAUAUAUGUUUGAUGAUUUUAUGGUUUGGUCGAAUAAUUUAGUGGAAUUUAUUGUCAUCUUUGCCUGAUGGCACAUUGUUAGCCUUCUGGUUCAAGUCUUACAGUUUGAAUGAAAUAAAAGAUCUUUUUUACUCGCUA